UUUAAUAUUAAACAGAUAAAAAAAAAAAACAGAACUGCAAUAUCUUACAAUAUUAUUAAUAACUUACUUGCUCCACAGGUAUGAUGGUGUUCAGAGGUUGAAUAAUUCACAGUUCAUUUCAGACCCCACAGUCAGAAAGGAGAAAAAGUUGUCAGGGUGAAUUCAGUGCACAUUGUUCUCUUCAUGGCUGAUUUAGGAAGGGGGGGGCAGUUUUCGGCAGGAAGUAGAAUUUGGCACAACAUGGCUAACGCUUAGCACAAGCUAGUGAGUUACUGAUGUUAGCCUGUGUUCAGUGACAGACAUGGGUGAUUCUUGCAUUUAUGUUAAUACUGUCAACAGAAGAAACACGCCAAAGGACUGUACAAUUAGCAGGGCUACUGUAAUUGUCUUAGUUGGAUGUUCAAAUGGUGAUUAGAAUUUCAGAAUAUUUCUCUGUUUCUCUUGUGUAUUUUUCGUGCCUAAAAAUGGAGCUGACCUUUGGACUGGGAUGGUUCAACAGGACAGGACUGAUGGGAAGAACACAGAGGAUGACAGCAGACGGACGGAUGGACAGACAGACACAGGCUGGGACUGGUCCACUUCCUGUCCUCAUCUGCUCUGUUCCAGUGGACAUGUGCUGCUGGAAGUCUGUGGGACUGACAGGGAUAAACAGAAGGUCAGCGGUGGGUCCGUUGUGGUCGAUCCUGUGCUCAGGCUCGGACUCGGUGAUGACAUCCUCCCACUGGACUGGAUCACCUGUCACACAUACCUGGACUGGAUCACCUGUCACACAUACCUGGACUGGAUCACCUGUCACACAUACGUGGACUGGAUCACCUGUCACACAUACCUGGACUGGAUCACCUGUCACACAUACCUGGACUGGAUCACCUGUCACACAUACCUGGACUGGAUCACCUGUCACACAUACCUGGACUGGAUCACCUGUCACACAUACCUGGACCACCUGUCACACAUACCUGGACUGGAUCACCUGUCACACAUACCUGGACUGGAUCACCUGUCACACAUACCUGGACUGGAUCACCUGUCACACAUACCUGGACUGGAUCACCUGUCACACAUACCUGGACCACCUGUCACACAUACCUGGACUGGAUCACCUGUCACACAUACCUGGACUGGAUCACCUGUCACACAUACCUGGACUGGAUCACCUGUCACACAUACCUGGCUCAGUUCCUUGGCCCACUGGACAAAUGGAUCCACAACCUCAGGGCUGUGAAGGACAAUG